GCCAAUUUUUGCUGCGAUACGUAUCUCAAAUGAUGUAAGGAUCCCGGAAAAUCGGAUGACGAAUGACGGUACUGUGCUUAGGUAGCUAUGAUACAAGUGUCAAUUUUGUGUGAAAACAAUGGCUCCAGAAACAAGUGCACCAGGAGUAGUUCGGUGUCUACGGAAAGAAGUAAGCAAUGGAAAUCUGUUGAGUUUUCGUUCCAAGACAAUGGAUCGGCAAAGUACUUUCAAAGCGGGAUUCAUACGCCGAAAAUGGGUGAAAAAGUCGCACAGAAGAUGCCGCUAGCUCUGUAAGUGGCUGUCGCUAUGACGGCGGCCCAGAUUUGCGAAUUUCGGACCAUGGAAUUUAUUUGGGUCGGAAAGAGGUUAUGGAAAACGUAUGCGGGAAGAAAAAUGAUCCGGAUCCAGAAAAUAAAGGAAAAACUGGGAUGCGAGCCAGGAAACAGCGCCGUUCCAGAUUUUUGCCGUCAGAGCCAGCCGCAGCUUGAGCUUUGGGCAUAGUCGUCGGAACCUUUUUUACAGAUAAAGGUCGUCAUAGGAAAAUAAGUGUAAUGGUUCAUUUCCAGCUUACGGUGAAAAUCAAACAUUUCUG